AUGACGCAGUCGCCCAUGAUCUCGUCGCCGCUCAAGGCCACAAACGAAAUCGACUGGGUCACUCCGCUGAAGGACUACAUCAGGGACACAUAUGGCGAUGAUCCGGAACGCUAUGCCGAGGAGUGCGCCACCCUGAACCGUCUGCGACAGGACGUGAGGGGCGCCGGCAAAGACAGCACCUCGGGCCGCGAUAUGCUCUACAGAUAUUACGGCCAGCUUGAGCUUCUUGAUUUGCGCUUCCCGGUCGACGAGCAACAUAUCAAGAUCUCCUUCACAUGGUUCGAUGCCUUCACGCACAAAUCGACGGCCCAAUACUCGCUCGCAUUCGAGAAAGCCUCCAUCAUAUUCAACAUCUCAGCCGUUCUGUCAUGUCACGCCGCUCACCAAACAAGGUCGGAGGAGCCGGGCCUCAAGGCCGCGUACCAUUCCUUCCAGGCCUCCGCUGGCAUGUUCACUUACAUCAACGAGAACUUUCUCCACGCACCGUCGUCCGACCUCAGCCGUGAGACCGUCAAAACCCUCAUUCACAUUAUGCUGGCUCAGGCGCAGGAGGUUUUUUUGGAGAAACAGGUGGCGGAUAACAAAAAGUCGGCCCUUCUAGCCAAGCUUUCCAGCCAAGCAGCGUCUUUAUACUCGCAGGCAGUAGAAGGCGUCCAAGACAACUUCAAUAGAGCUAUAUUUGAGAAGGUUUGGCUGCUCAUGGUUCAGGUCAAAUUCAACUUCCUCAGCUCUAUGUCGCAGUAUUACCAGGCACUUGCCGACGACGACGCUGGCCAACACGGCGUUGCUGUUGCCAGGCUUCAGAUUGCCGAAACACAAGGGAAAGAGGCGAACCGCAUCGCUAACAACUUCCCGAACUCGGUGCCACCCAGCUCUAACCUCGGUGCCGAGACCGGCGGUAUCCUUGUCGACUUUACGAAACGGCAUUUGGCAACCGUACAGGACAAGCUCAAGGAAUUCAGCAAAGACAACGACUUCAUCUACCACCAGAGUGUGCCCGCGGAGGCGAGCUUGCCACCUGUUCCCAAGCUCCCAGCAUCGAAGCCGAUCCCCGUCAGCGAACUGUAUGCAGGUCAAGACAUUCAGCGCAUUACCGGGCCUGAUCUCUUCUCCAAGAUCGUGCCUCUAGCCGUGACGGAAUCGGCCAGUCUUUACGAUGAGGAGAAGGCCAAGCUAAUCCGAGCCGAGACCGAGAGAGUGGAUACCGCCAACGGCGAGAUGGCGGCAAGCUUGGACUACUUGAGGCUUCCCGGUGCUCUUCAGGUAUUGAAAGGAGGGUUCGACCAAGAGAUCUUGCCGGAUGAAGAGUUCAGAACGUGGUGUGAAGACGUUGCCGGCCACGAAGAUCCAGCUGCCAUUUUUGAAACGUUACGCUCCGAUAAGGAGAUCAUUGUGAGUACGCUGGACAAGAAUACGAAGCAAUUGGAUAUGGAAGAGAGCGUGUGCGAGAAGAUGCGAUCCAAAUACGAGAACGACUGGACACAGCAACCGAGCUCGAGAUUAACGUCGACGUUGCGAAGCGACAUUCGAAAUUACCGGGAGGCGUUGGAAGAGGCAGCAAGAAGCGACAACCAGCUGGCGGCGAAGUUGAGGCAAAACGAAACGGAAUUCCAGGAAAUGAGAGCUGCCGCCACGCAUGGAGGCAUCGACUCUCUGUUCCAACAUGCUGUUAGCAAGGUUCGCGGGAAGUCGAGCAAUGUCACGAGCCCUUCCGGCAACGAACCCAACCUGUUGGACGUCGACUUCGAGGAAGGGGGGCCGAGUGUCGUUGACCAAAUCCACAAGGUGGAGGAGAUCAUGAAAAAGUUGAAUCUCAUCAAGAGAGAACGCAACCAAGUGUUGAAGGAUCUCAAGGAAAAGGUCCACAACGAUGACAUCUCGGAGAUUCUGAUCCUUAACAAGAAGUCGAUUACAAACUACGAGAACCAGCUUUUCCAGUCAGAGCUGGAGAAGUUCCGCCCUUACCAAAACAGACUGCUUCAGGCCAACCACAAGCAGUCGGCAUUGAUGAAGGACCUGACGACUAGCUUCAACACUCUCUUGCAAGACAAGCGAGUCAGGUCAGAACAGAGCAAGUACGAAGCCAUCCAGCGGCAGAGGGUUUCAGUCAUGAACAAAUACAAACGGGCGUACCAGGAGUUCCUCGACUUGGAGGCUGGUCUCCAGGGUGCGAAGACGUGGUACGCCGAGAUGAAAGAGACGGUGCAGAGCCUUGAGAAGAACGUCGAGACGUUUGUCAACAACAGGCGCUCCGAGGGUGCUCAGCUUCUCAACACCAUUGAACAGGAGCGGUCGACUCGCAAGGACGCACAUGCAGAGUUGGAACGAGAGCGUCUGCGCGGACUGAUGGAGCGCAUGUCUAUGGAGCCCCCCGCACCUUCACCGAAACCUGCGUCGAACCGACCUACGCCUUCACCGCUGAACUUCGCCAACACCUCGUCGACACCGCGAUACCCCCAGACCAACUUCUCCGGACAGUACCAGGUUCCUCAGUCUCCGCCCCCAACCCAACAGCAGUACCCUGGCUUCGCUGCCCCUCCGACAUCCCAGUCAUACACGCCUCAGCAUGCGUACGGCCAGGCGGCGUACGACCCAAGCCAGUACGGCCGCACUCCCGGCCCGACAUCGCCGCCUCCUCAUCAAUCCACGUUCGGUCCGGCUGUUCUCCGCGGUCCAGCCUCGCCUCCGCCCACGCAAACGUCGUUCAACCAAGGCCAGCAGUACGGUGGCUUCCCUAACCAGCAGCAACAGAUGCCCGCUGGGUUUGUGCCACCACCUCCACCCCCUGGCCCCCCGCCACUGGGCCCUCAGCAGACAUUCUACGGUCAGCAGGAUUACCAGCAGCAGCAGCAGCAGCAGCAGUCACAGAACUACCAGCAGCAAACCCCCCAUAGUGCGUAUCCAUCAAGCGCGCAUCCGCGGUCGGCUCAGCCUCAGCAAAACAGCGAUCCGUGGGCAGGGUUGAACGACUGGAAAUAA